AUGAAGUGCAGAAAGAUGCUGGAGAACCUAACCGUCCGACUCCCUUUGAUGGAUGCUAUCCAGAUGAUGCCCUCCAUGCGCAGCUUUAUGAAGGGAUUGAUCUCAGGAAAAAUAUCAAAGGAGAGUGAAUUCAUGACCGACUCUAAGGAAUGCAGCCCAGUGCUUCAGAACAGGCAGAUAAAGAAGCGAGGAGACCCUGGCAAGUUUGUCCUCUCUAUCCAGAUCGGGAAGACAGUUUUCUCAAGCUCGUUGGUUGAUCUGGGAUCUAGCGAGAACCUCAUGCCCUACUAUGUGGCACUACGUCUGGGAUACACGCAUUUCAAACCAACUAAGAUGUCCUUGGUGUUCGCGGAUAGAUCAAUUAAGUCCCCGGUUGUUAUUUUAGAGGAUCUCCAAGUAAAAGUCGGGAACACCUCUGUUCCAGUAGACUUCGUAGUUCUAGAGCUGGAAGAGGAAUCCAAAGAUCCUCUCAUCUUAGGAAGACCGUUCCUAUGUACUGUUGGAGCUAUCAUUGAUGUGCGGCAAGGGAAGAUUGAUCUCAAUCUGGGGGAUAUAGUCAUGCAGUUCGAGAUGGAUAAGCUGAUGAAGAAACCGGAGCUGCUGAAGAAGCCGAUGUUGGAUGGACAGACCUUCGAGGUGGAUGAAGGGAUUGAUCCGCUGCAGCCUCGCGAAGGGAUGAUCGAGGAGAUUCUUACAGAAGAUCCACUCGAGCUUGCACUAGUAAGAGCUGAGGCCGAGCUGAGUGUCGUGAACAUUGACGCAGACGGGUAUGCUAAGAUGCUUGACUCUGCAAGGAGUACGGGAAGAAUGGUGACGAGUCUAAGUCUGGGAGUGUUGAACAUCAGAGGAGGUUAA